AAAAAAAAACUGUCUGAGAAAGCUGGAAAUAUGAAGAAAAAAAAUGUUUGGUCUGUUUGUGUCUGUUUUUCAUUUUGGGGAAUGCUUAGUUGAUUUUGGAAUCUCUGAAUUUGGAUUGUGAGAUUUUUUAGAUUUUUUAUUAUUUAUUUACAGGUUUGAUGCAUCUUAUAUAUGUACAUAUCUAUCACAUGUAAUUUGGUUAUGUUUAAUUCAUCUUCUAAGAGGUUUUACUUGCAAUUGGAAAUGGUUUCUGCUAGUGCUUGGGACUUCAAUCGAAUGCAAUAAUAUCAAUACUUUUUACUUCUUUCUUGAUCUGGAGCUUGAGGUAAUCCCCUGACUUCCCCUUGGAGACUGCCUCUAACUUAUCUUGGAUAUCUCUGUUGUACAAAGAUCUUCAAUUUUGAAGAUUUUUUUUCCUUAUUUUGUUAAAUAUAAUGUUAAUGUCCUUGUUAUAUAGCUGACAUUAUGUUAAAAAGAGUUCGCGCUAAUUGUUGUAUGUGGAAAAGGGCUCGAGCCUAUUCUGUCAGAAACUGUUUUUGUUGCAUUAUGUUUGUAAGUACUUUAAGAAGCCACUUUGCUUCUUAUAUUUGUACGGCUGGUUGAUAUUAUCAGCCUUUCCCCAGAAGGAAAGUAGAUUAUUGAGGUAGGAAAAACAAGUCUGGUCCCAGAAGCAGGAGCCGACCUUUGAGUUCACCAUCACUGUCUUUGUUAUCCUCUUCUAGUGUUUGCAUAUUGAUCUCCUAGUGCUGCUAGUAUUAUAAGAAAGUCCAACAUGUUUCUCAUUCUGAAUAUGUACAGCCAAUGUGCAGCUAGUGUUGUUAAUUUGCAUGUGUUACGAAUAUGCAUGGGUUUUUUGGUCAAGAAUAUAGCGAAGUUUUGAGUGUUGACUUGUAGUGGGUUUGCAGGUUAUCAAUAUGGCUGCUUUUUCCUCUGCUGCUGCAAUCCCCUCUCAGGAAAAGUAUGAUGUGUUUCUUAGUUUCAGAGGUGAAGACCAGCCAUCUUUAUGCUGCUUUAUGCGCAAAGAAAAUCAAAACCUACAUAGACGACAUACUUGAGAGAAGGUAGCAAAUUGCACCUGCCCUUCUCAAAGCAAUUGAGACAUCAAAGCUUUUGGUGAUCAUUUUCUCGAUAAGCUAUGCUUCAUCCACAUGGUCUUUGGAUGAACUAUUGCAUAUACUGCGAUGCAAGGCAAGAGGGGGACAGUUUGGUCUACCGAUUUUUUACUGCAUCGACCCAUCACAUGUUCGAAAUCAGCAGGGAAGUUGUGCAUAUGCAUUUGCCCAACUUUGAAGGAAGCAGAAAAUAUGGCUGGGUUUGAUAAUUCAAACAAAACCGGGACAGAGGCCAAUUUCAUUGCCAACGUUGUCGAAGAUAUUUUGACCAAAUUGAAUCGCAAAUUGUCAAGUGAUUUAAAGGGCCUAGUCGGAAUUGAAUGGAAAAUUGAGCAAAUAGAAGGGUCAUUAUGCAUUAAUUCACCAGAUGUUUUCAGUGCAGAAUCUUGAUAACUUAAAAAGUGAUGGAUCUUAGUUUCUCCACUCAUCUUAUUGAAGUCCAAGAUCUCUCUCAAAGUCGAAAAUUGGUGCAUAUAAAUCUUUUUGGCUGUACAAGUUUGGUUCAAAUGCCUU